AUGACGAAGACAGACGGCAGAUAUGACCGGUCGACAGGGGAUUCUCACUCCUCCAUCGCAUUAGAUCCCACAUUGUACUAUUCAAGAGCACUUGUAACUUUAAUACUAAGAACUUCAUGUUCCUGUGAGCAUAAUUGGGAACAAGGUAUAGAAGGAUGCUUGGAAAAUGGGAGAAGACCCGUAACUCUUAAAGAUUCCUCACUGUUACAGAAGGACACGUGGAUUUAUGGCGCGAGAUUCAAAAUUUCUACUGGUGGGGUUAUAAUAAUACAGUUGAGGCGAAUUGAAGAAAAGAGAGAACCAACAUGUGAAAACAGCUCUGAGAAAGAAAAUUCCACGAAUAAGAUAUACAUUGUUUUCAAUAAGAACAGAACCUCUCUAAUAAGAGAACGACAGAAGAUGAAGCCCAGAAUUCAGUACACCUUGAGUGAUGAGAAUUUUGAUGAUUACCCAGAUCCGGAUGAGUGCAUUAUGUACGUUGUCGUUAAAAGACAAUUUGAGUUUAGAAACUGCAGUAAAAUACAAAGGGUUCAAUGCAUAAAUGAAACUAAUGAAAAGUAUGUUGUGAAAGCGUGUUUUCAAGAGAACCUUGAUGGCUUUGACUGUAUGCCUGAAAUGGAGGAAAUGAAAUCAACAAAAGCAGGGAAAUGUCUCAUACCUACUUUAUGCCUCAGGAAUGGUGUUUGUGAAAUCAUUCUUCUUGGAGGAAUUCUGUUUGUGUACGUCAUCUUCAGUUUUAUUUGCAUAAAGUGCUGUACCAAAUACCAAGUGAGAAGAAUACUAAAGAAUAAACGCAGUGAAGAUUUCUCAACUAAUUUUGUAGAUGAUCCUAAAACACAGAUAUAUACGUACUCCUACAAAAGGGAACCCGAGGAAAAUUGGACAGUUCAAGAAAUUAAUUAUGCUUUUGUAGAUUGGGGUACAAGUUUUAAGAAUACAAGCGUAUAAUUCAGAAUGUGUAUAUUUCACAAAUAGUGCAAUACAAAAAAAACCUGAUCAGUAUAAAUAAAAAGGAGCACUAUUAAUAUUUAAUCUGAUUUAUUUACAUCCAGUUCAGGAAAUUAGAGAUCAAGUUUAAUUAACAUUGAAUCACAUGUUUAUUAUCUAAGUAAAUGAAAUAAAAAAUCAUGAAUCACUGUGAAUAAGUGGUGUUGUAAGGUGCCAAUUUAUGCUUAUUUAAUUUGUUGUUUUUAUGUUUAUGUACAUGUA